UUUCUUCAUUCACAGAGCUCCCCUACUAAAACUUAAACUGUUGAACAGAAGGUGAGAGAAACCUGCAGAAAAAAGAGAUCUUUGUUCCUGACAACAUUUACUAAUUCCUCCAAUAAUCCUUAGUUCCUAUAUAUUUGUAUUUAGUGCUACUAGCUAGUUUCUCCAUUUUCUUUUUGAUAGAUCAUCAUAAGCUUUAGUCCAAAUGAGUACUACUGCAUCUCUAGCAGUCUAUCUUCUUCUUCUGUCCCUGCUCCUUUCUCAGGCUCAAGGGAUCCGAUUGGAGAAAGGAUUUUUAUCAGUCAAGCAACAGAACAAGAAUAUACAUGAGGAUAGUACUGUUUUAACCCCAAAAAGCGAAAACACUGCAGCUUCUGGUGUACUCGGCAAAGAUUGUGGACGUGAUGAUCGCUGCUUAUCAUCAGGAAGCAGUAGAAAACUAAUCACUGUGACAUCUUCUACUACCACUACCAAGAAUGAGAAGAAUAUUGUUGGUAGGAAUGUUGGGCAUCCGAAAUUAGCUGAGUCGUCAUCAGCUACUAAUUCCGAUAAGCACCAUGAGGAGGAGAAGGAAGAGGUUGCAGCAACCGGACACCAAUACCCGGACCCCAUAGACAUGACCGAAAUGGAUUAUUCUCCUGCCAGGAGAAAACCUCCGAUACACAAUUGAUCAAUAUCAAUAUAAAUCAAAACUAAGUACUACUCCUCGAUCAGAGUACUGUUAGACCAAUAAAUAAAGAGGAUAUAUUAAUAUAUAGCUAGCUAGCUAGAAUUAGUAUUUAAGUACUAUUGGACAGCAUUACAGAAAUGCUGCAGAAUUUAGGGUUAGGAACUUAGGAAUCUAUUAACUUUUGUAAUCGUAAAGUAUUAUUCUAAAAUUCUAUUAGCGCUUGAUUCUCA